CAGCAGCUACGGGAUAUGGCUCUGGGGGUUGCAAUGGUAGUCUCCCUCCUGUUCAAAGCCAUGGCGGCCGCACUGACGGAAGAAGAAGCGGAGGUACGCAUGACGAUGCCUCCUACCACAGCACCGCGGAGCAACUGGACAGUUAACGACACAGAAGCCGACUACAUAGAGGAACCUGUAGCUUUGAAGUUCUCCCACCCUUGUCUGGAAGACCAUAACAGUUACUGCAUUAAUGGGAUGUGCGCCUUCCACCACGAGCUGGAGAAAGCCAUUUGCAGGUGCUUUACCGGUUAUACGGGAGAAAGAUGUGAGCAUUUAACCUUAACUUCGUAUGCUGUGGAUUCUUAUGAAAAAUACAUUGCAAUCGGGAUUGCCGUUGGAUUACUAAUUAGUGCUUUCCUUGCCGUCUUAUAUUGCUAUGUAAGAAAAAGAUGUUUAAAUCUGAAAUCACCGUACAUCAUCUGCUCUGGAGGGAGACCAGAGCAAGGCAAAUUCUUCAAGUCAUUUGUCAAAAGCAGUGGGGACUCCGAUGGAGAUCUUCAGAUGAUACAGAGUGCGGCAAACUAGCUUGAAGAUAAUGGGAGUUUGGUCACAAAGCAAUAAGAGAAUAAAAUUGACCAUUGGUUCUCAAGUUUGCUGUCUUCGGGUGACACGGGAGCUACGUGAACAAGCUACGCAGACGCCAAGUUUACAAUGCUACUUCGGGUUUGGUAUUGUGUGGUCAUUGCCACUGUAGGAGGACUUGUUCCAUUCUUCUGAUCAUCUCAAAUGUGAAUUUUCAUUUUAAUCAUUUACUCCACAUCAAGUCAAAGUAGCGCCCUGCCUGUGUUCUUCAUGUACACAACAGUUUACAUCACCUGUCUCAACGGACCUGAUCUCAAACCUUCUGUCCUCAUGGGAUUUCAGGAAAUUUGGUAUCAACUUCUAAAUGAAACCAAGGAAUGUCUCUCUGAGAGAACUAAAAAUGCAUUCAACCCGAACCACUGAAAGGAAACGGCGUACCCAAGCAAGCAUAAAUCAUACGCAGCUUGGGACAACAGUAUGCAAACUUUAUUUGCGGAGUUUGGAAUAGCAAAGGAAUUCUCAAGAAUGGCAAGUCACCUGGACAGUAAAUCCUGAGUAGGCAAAACUGCUCCUGCUGUAUGGAUCAUAAAGCCUUGGGUUGGGAUAACUGGCCACCUGGUGCUCUUACUCAUCAUCCAUCCUUCCAUAAGGCUCACCUGGCGUCCGUCACCUGAACUGCAGUCCUAGAACUCACCAAGCAACUAUAAGCCUCCAACUGAUCCCAGAAUGGAAACAGAGAACUCAAUAUAGGAACAACAGCUUGUGGGAUGUUACCAUUCUUGAUCGAUAACAUAUUUGUGCUUAGGUAAAAAUGGAACAAUGGUAGAAAUACUUAUUUAGACAUCAGGAUCCUUCAUUUGAAUUGUGUUUCUGCCACAUGAUCCAGUCUUGGACACGUCUUUUGCUCUCUUUGGGCUUUGGUUGCAUUUUCUAUAAGACCCAUGUAGCUCUGAAUUGAACUAUAGAGGAAGAGAAAAAAAACCACAACUCCUAUAUCUGCACUGUAAGUGAGAUAAUCUUCAACACUUCCAUUAUCAGCCCCAAACCUAAUACCAAAAUACCCGUGGGUGGCAUCCUUAGUAUGUAUCUUAAUGUUCAGUUUGUAAGAUAAUAAUUUAUUUUUAGAGGAAAUACAAAAUGAAAUUUCAGAGUGAUAACAGCGACUGUUUUUCUUUCUGUGUUUAAUCUAGAACUACAGACUUAUUUUUUUCUCAGAAACAGAACAAUUUGAUCAUGAGAUUAAUUCAAAGAAAGUGAUACUUGACUAUUCUUACAAUAGCAGCUAGUCCUAAACCCGAUGCGUGUACUGGCGUAGCGUUCCAUCCACACUUUAGGUAGGUGCUCUACGCCCUGCUUUCCUCUGAGAGAAGGUGUUUCCUCCAGAAGGAAUGCAGUGCAGCCGUGUGUGUGUCAGCACUUUCUGCAUCUGCAAACUUACAUCAAGCCGAAGGCUGGGGAGUGACAGUUCCACCCAGUGACUCCAGCAGCCCCACCCAGAAAACUGCCUCUUCCUGCGCAUUUCAAAAGGAUGGAGAUUUUUGAGUCCAGGAAGAUAUACUGGAGGCCUACUUUCAACUAAGAACUACCUCUUUUUUUUUUUUUGGAAGAUGCAGAAUGUAAUUUGUUUAAUUGGCUCUUUCACUCAGGGACUAGAAACCUUAAUGAUAACAUUAGGGAAGAAUGCAGGGCAGAUAAAAGAGUAAUCAAAAGCUGGGACUUUUCCAAAUAAUGAAUGAAAUAGGAAGUAAUACUUAAUCAUUUGCAUGUCCUUUUCAACAUGGAAACUGCCACUGGGCCACAAGAAUGGAGACCAAGAGGGUCUGGGACAUUUAAGAGGAUGUGGGAUGGUAGGAUGUGGAGAUUCAACGGUCUUCCUUUCUGGAAUCACUAGCCCAGAAGGUUUAGAGUUUCAUCUAAAUCUGCAUUUGUUGUUGUUGUUAUUAUUGUUGUUGUUGUUUUAUUACAGUCCUGGAGAUUGAACACUGGGACUCAUGGAUACUAAACUAGUGUUUUAGCACAGAGCUACUCCCCAGGCUCCAGAUGUAGCCUCCCACCUCUAAUGGUGAAUAUCUGGAUGACUUAAGAGAGAAGCCAACCUCCAGUUUGCAGAUGCUUCCAGAAAUAACUAAACAAAAGCUUUCUAUUCCUCUUGAGAAAAGAGGAAUUCCUGGUACCUCUGGAGAGGUGACAUCACACACACUUACAGUCUGUAAGUGCCUGCCAAUUUCAAACACACUAGCCUGACAUUAGAAUAUCAGUUAUGACUUCUGGAUAGCAAAUCAAAAUGUUAAUCGAAAGAGUAAUACACAUUCAAUAUUCUUCACUCACCGCAGACUAUUUUUUAAUCAUAUAAAACACGCCCAGCAUAACAACACAGCAGCUUAGAGCACAGUUUAUGGAAGCUGUCUGAUCAUGGGCUAGUGUAUAAAAUGACCUUGUGAUCCUGUACCUACUGAGGUUCCUUUUGCAGGGAAGAAUCUCUGGCAUGCCUAUGACGGUGGAGGAACAUCUGGCAAAUCAAUAAAGUCUUUGUCUCAGAACUGCAUUUUCAACUACACAGGGGGAUUGUGUGAUGGCAGGUUUCUGGUGUCUGUGACAAAACCAGACAGUCCAAAAAGUCCAACUUCUUUCAUUCCCUUGUUUCGCCUUCGUGUGUCCGCCUUUCGGUUCUUGGAGACGGCAUUCUUAGGUCAUCUGCAUUUAUGAGCCCAUCAUUAUAUAGUAGUUUAGACUAUGUAGGGGGUGGAGCAAACCUCAUAAUAUCAGCCAGACCAAGCUAAUAACUUUACAAAAAGAGAUUCACAACAACUUGUCCCUGUAACCCAAAUUAGCUUUUUAAUGUAAUCAUGUUUGCAUAGGAUGAUAUUAUAAAUUAAUCCAUCUUUUAGAAUUUCCUGCAACCGUUCGUAUCUAACCCUUUAAUUUUGACAUGUCCGUUUUGGUGAUGUCAAUAAGAUUUCCCUUCAUUAUAUUUAAUUGGAAAAAAUGCCAUAAGAAAGUAAAAGACAAUUUAAGCUGUUGAUGUGGAGCACAAAGACAAUUCAUGUAUGCAGAAGACUCCAUGUAACCUUUUUUUUAAUUAA